GGGGCCGGUCCCGGCGCUCCCUCCGCUCGGCGUGGACCUGUACUGGACGCCGCCGCACAGCGCUGCGGCUCCUCCCGCGCCCCUCCGUGGGGGCGGCGGCGGCGGCGGCCUGGCGCCCCACCGGCCUGGGAUGCGGCUGACGCGGAAGCGCCUCUGCGCGUUUCUGAUCGCCCUCUACUGCCUCUUCUCCUUCUACGCCGCCUACCAAGUCUUCUUCGGGAGCCGCAGCCGGCCGCCAGCCGCCGCCUCGCGAGGGCUCCGGAAAGGGGCGGCCCUGGCGCCGGAGAGGCGCGGCCGAGCAGGACAGUCUACCUUGGGAAGUGAAGAAUGGAAUCCUUGGGAAAUAGAUGAAAGGAAUGAGCAGCGACUCAGAGUUAAAGCUAGACUCCAAAUACUAAAUAAAUCCACGAGGACAAAACCGGACCUCCAUAUACAAAUCUGGGGGAAAGCCGCCAUUGGUUUCUAUCUCUGGGAACAUAUUUUUGAAGGCUUUCUUCAACCCACUGAAGUGACCUCUCAGUGGAGAGAAGGAAAGUUGAGUUUUGGAAGAACACAUUUCAGCUUCAUCACUGGGCCAGCAGUAGCCCCAGGGUACUUCUCCAUUGAUGUGAAUAAUGUGGUACUUGUUUUAAACGGAAGAGAAAAAACAAAGGUCUUUUAUGCCACCCAGUGGUUACUUUAUGCACAAAAUUUAGUGCAAACUCAAAAACUCCAGCAUCUUGCAGUUGUUUUGCUUGGCAAUGAAUAUUGUGAAAAUGACUGGAUAACCCAGUUCCUCAAGAGAAAUGGAGGCCCUGUGGAACUGCUUUUCCUGACCUAUGACAGUCCCUGGAUUAAUAACGUGGAUGUUUUCCAGUGGCCUUUAGGAGUAGCAACAUACCGGAAUUUUCCUUUGGUGGAGACCAGUUGGUCAAUUGUGUAUGAAGAGAGGCGUUACUUAUGUAAUUUCUUAGGAACAAUUUAUGAAAAUUCAUCUCGACAGGCACUAAUGGACAUUUUGAAACAAGAUGAGUACAGUAAACGUUGCUGGGUUUCAACAAGAGAACAGUGGCCACCUCAAGAAACAUUUGAAAGUCUUAAGAAGUACCAAGACGCCUUGCUUCAUAGUGACCUCACAUUGUGCCCAGUAGGUGUAAACACAGAAUGUUACAGAAUAUACGAGGCUUGCUCUUAUGGCUCCAUCCCUGUGGUGGAAGACGUGAUGACAGCUGGCAGCUGUGGGAAUACGUCUGUUCACACCAAUGCUCCUCUGCAGCUACUCAAGUCCAUGGGUGCUCCCUUUAUCUUUAUUAAAGACUGGAAGGAACUUCCUGCUAUUUUAGAAAAAGAGAAAAAUCUAAUUUUAUAUGAAAAGAUUCAAAGAAGAAAAAUGUUACUACACUGGUAUCGGAACUUCAAAACACAGCUGAGAAUGAAAUUUACUAGUAUUUUAGAAAGUUCAUUUUUAAGGAAAAAUAAAGGUUAACUGUUAAUUAUC